AUGAAUUCCGAAACAAGUGGAAACGCCUCGCCUGGCAUUGCGGACCUCGUGUCGUCUUACUCCAUCCUCACAUGUCUAGCCCCCUGGCUAUCGACGCGUGACCUGUACAAUCUGGGUUUGACAAGUCGAUUAGCAUAUACAUACAUUCACUCAUCAUCCAAAAUCUUCAAAUCUCUUAGCCGGCAAUCCUUAUGCGACGGCCGUGGCCUCGCUACUCGUCAAGCAUACACCGGUCCUUACCACCUACGACGCAAGCCUGGCCGCUUGGACAUCAACCCUCAUUUAGAGGGCGACGAGGAGAUCGAGGUGCGUUUAUACAACAUUAAAUGCGAUGAAGCAGGUGCGUUACCAUGCAUGAAAUGCGACAUCAACAUCUGCGAGGAAUGCCGGUGGUAUCCUCGAGCAGCUCCCGCAACUGCCUAUCCGAAUCGUCGGCCUCACUUGAGAGGAAGCUACCAACUUGAUAACAUCGUGUGUCUGUGUGACGACUGCGAUGCCAAGACUGAGAAAGAGCUUGAGGGAAUGUUUAUGUCCGAGCAGUGCGAUUGCGACAUUUACGAGAGAUGGAUCUGCGUGGGUUGUGACGACAAGGAACGCCAAGCUACGCAAAAGUAUUUUGAGGAGCAUACGGAGAUGGAGUGGGAAUGGAUGACAAGAGAUGAUGUGGAUUUUGGAGAUGAUUCCGAACCUUCAAAGACACUUCGCGAUCAUGCUUUUGAACGAGCUGUAUGA